AUGAACAAGUACAUAAACUCGCCACUGCUGCAAAACCUGAGGGCGAAAGUGAUCAAUUCGUUAUGUACACCUGCAAAUAAUCAAUUGUGGUUAACUGGACCAGAAGGUCGAGGAAAAACGACCUUUAUCAACGAGCUGUUCUGCGAACUUAAGAACAGAAAAACGGAAGCAUACAUUACCUCAAAUAAGGUGUUUGAAGAUUUGAAGUCUCGAUUUCCCAAAUUUGAAGACCACAUAAACAACUUUUUCAAUCAUUUGGCGCAAAGUAACAUUAGCAUACUCAGUACGAAUAAAAAAUGGAGAGAAAUGGUAGAUUAUUUGAACAAGAACUAUUUGAGCUUCGACGGUUUCUGGAGCACAUGCUCAAUGACGCUGGAAUUGCACCCUCAGUCAUUUGGACUGUCAAUAAACCCAAGCUAUAACAAACUGCAAACGUUUCUGCUAUUUAUAAAUUCUAUCGCACACAUAGUUGAAGUAAAAGAACUGAAAGAACGUUCGCCGAAUUAUAGUAGCCUACUUACAGGACAAUGGGCAGUGGCAUAUCUAACAGAGAGCAUGAGGUCAUGGGCAAACCAUGAAAGAAUUAACUGGAUAUUAUGCAACGAUGGAGUGGAGCACCUGUUCAGCUCGCCGUUCCUGAACGACAGAGGGCCGCUGUUCCUGACAAAUUUGAUCUUUGGGCUGCAGAUAUCGAAGCUGCCGUCAGUAUUUAUCGCAAAUGACGCAACUUCGGCCCUGAAAGUGGCAGACGAAUACUACAAGAAGGUGUUUGAAAAGGGAUAUGGUUCAGGAGUGGAGUCAAGUACGAGUACGAAGAUCGAUAGCACCAAUUUGGUAUUUUAUGAAGUGCCAGAACUGCCAAGCGAUGAAGCAAUAUCCUACUUGAAUUCACACAUCGCCUUUCCAGAAAAGUACACCAAGGCGCUUUGGAAGAUAACAGGAGGAAACUGGUCACUAAUAAGCAAAAUUUUAAGUGACUAUAAAAACUUUGAACACAACCUGUCACUGGGAACAGUGCAGCAAAUUCUGUCAGGAUCACCAAGCCUCGUCGACGAUGAGUACUUCCCAAUGCUUAAAUCGAAGGAUGACCAGCUGCAGUACCUGAGGGAGGAGCAGCUCAAGAUGUUCAUCAAGAACCUGUACCACGACACACUCAGUGCGGACAUUCUCAGGUUUGAGAACUCCAUGAACGAGGUUCUCAGCAGUCCCCCAAUGCAGAAAAUGAGGGACGAUGUUAAGAACGAAGUGCACUUCAAGGUGAUAGUAAGUUGCGAGUCCCGUGACAAGUGGUAG